UAAAACUAAUAAAUGUCAAUUUGACAUUUACAACAAGUAAGACUGACACUUUCAACUGUAUCAACCAACAAGUUUCAAUCAUAGACAGCACAACAGUUGACUACAGGUGUGACAUGAAUGAAACGACCACAGAACUUACUCUGACAGGGCCAGCUCUCAAGUUUCUGUGUUCUCUUUAUAUCAGUGGAGGUCGUAAUGUAGCCUUAAAACAAACAGCUGAACAAUCCAGUAAUUAUAUGCCAGGCGGUGGGGCAUCUCUAGCUGUUGAUGGGAUAACAAAUCAAUGUAAAUUUAAUGACGGUAGCACAUCACAUACUGAUGAGAACCAAGAUUCAACUUGGAGUCUCAGACUGGACACACCCAAAGUUGUCAACAGAUUUGUUAUUUACAACAGAGCUGACUGUUGUUGGAAUCGCUUGAAAAACUUUAUCAUGACAGCGUUUGAUAACAGCGGUAAAUCUCUGUGGACACAUCGUGAUACAAAUACAAAUACAGAUGCACCUUUAAUCUACGAAUUUACACAAAUACAAGAAAAUGGAUUGUUCAAGAUUACUAUCAGUCCAACAUACAGAGAGACAGUUUCUAGCUCUCUGAUUGUCUCGUUAUGUGAAGUAUUCAUGUAUGGAGAAUGUGUUCCAGGAAACUGGGGUCUUUAUUGUAACCAAACAUGUCCUGAAGAAUGUUCUACAUUGUGUCAACAAGAUACAGGGAACUGCCUCUCGUGCCUUGGUCAUAAUGACCCACCCAUGUGUAAUACAGUUUGUGCUCCAGGAACUUAUGGCAUUAACUGUCAACAGAACUGCAGUAACAAUUGUUAUAACAAUUCAUGUGACAUAGUAACUGGUGAAUGUAACAGUGGAUGUAAUGGAUACAGUGAUCCGCCUGAAUGUACCAUUGAGUGUGACAGAAAUCACUGGGGCCUGAACUGUCAACAAAACUGUAGUGAGAACUGCCACAAUAGAACUUGUAACAAAGGGACUGGCAAAUGUGACAGCGGAUGUAUCAGGGGAUACAGCAACCCACCGGAUUGUAGUUUAGAAUGUGCAUCAGGUAAAUUUGGUCUCAAUUGUCUGGACAACUGCAGCACCAAUUGCUACAACAUCUCUUGUGACAAAGAAACUGGUAAAUGUGAUCGAGGAUGUUCAGGUUACAGUGACCCUCCUGCGUGUACUACUGAAUGUGCAUCAGGUACGUUUGGUUUCAAUUGUCUGAAAAACUGCAGCACCAAUUGCUACAACAUCUCUUGUGACAAAGAAACUGGUGAAUGUGAUCGAGGAUGUUCAGCUUACAGUGACCCUCCUGCGUGUACUACUGAAUGUAACAGCACAAAAUGGGGACAUAACUGCCAGCAAGACUGCAAUGAUUCCUGUCUCAUCCAAACUUGUGAUAGAGCAACUGGACAAUGUGAUCAAGGAUGCAAUGGUUAUAGUGACCCUCCAAAUUGUAGUCUAGCUUGUACCAAUCAUACUUAUGGACCAAAUUGUAUCAAGUUAUGUAGUGCUUAUUGCUCUAUGGCUAAUGACACCUCAGAGAACAGAUGUCAUCACAUCACUGGAGACUGUAUCAAUGGUUGUGUUAGUGGAUAUACUACAUCCACAUGUAUUCAACCAAUUGUUUCAAGUAAUGACACACCAAUUGGUGCUAUAGUAGGAGCAUGUAUAGCUGGUUUAGUUAUCAUUGUAUUAAUUUUGGUGGCUGUUAUUAUUUGGAGACGUCGUAGAAGUCAAGGUGAUACAGAAAAUGCUUCACUCACUAAGGGAAGCAGUUGGACUAUUGGGGAUUCACAAAGAUUAGAUAGCCUAAAGAUAUUUGAUACACAAAGUGAUCCAAAUAGUAGAACCUACUGUAACAUAGAACGGAUUCCAGAGAAUACAGCUAUAUAUGUUAGUGAUCUUUCUUUGUACAUUCAGUCUCAUGAGAAGACAUUUUUAAAUGAACAAUACAGGAAAAUCCCUUCACCACAAAAUGUCACUACUGAAGUUGCAUCUAGAGAAGAAUAUAAAGCCAAGAAUCGAUUUAAAAAUAUUUGCCCAUACGAUCAUUCCAGAGUUCAUUUAAAGAUCAACACAGCCAAUCAUGAAGGAGAUUAUAUCAAUGCUUCCUACAUACGAGGAUUCAAUAAUGAGGUUACUUUCAUCGCAUCACAAGGUCCUAAUGAAGCAACACUUAAAGAUUUUAUCAGGAUGUUGUGGGAACAGCAUGUGGAUAAAGUUGUCAUGCUGACUAACUUAAUAGAGGAAGGAAAAGUAAAAUGUGAGAAAUAUUGGCCAGAUGAGACCAAAAUGAAAUUGGGGGAUUUCAAGAUUACAUUAAGAUCAACUCAGAUUUUUGCAGACUACACUAUUCGUAUGCUAGAGAUAUCAAAGAAAGGUGAAGCAAGGCAUACAUUUACGCAUUUUCACUAUACCUCUUGGCCUGAUAAAUCAAUCCCAACAGCACCUUGGAGUCUGGUCGACUUUGAACAAAGAGUUGCAUCAAAUCCAACAACAAGACCCAUUGUAGUACACUGCAGUGCUGGAGUUGGUCGAACAGGAACAUUCAUUGCCCUUCAUAACAUCAUAAAACAAGCCGAGGAAACUAAGAUGGUGGAUUUCUUUCAGACUGUGACUAGACUGAGAGAAGACAGAAUAUUUAUGAUACAAACAGCUGAGCAAUAUGAGUUUUUACACAGAGCUGUCAAUGCUGCCUUAGUAAGUAUGAAAUCAAUAAGUUCUACUGAUGUCUGUGAUCAGAUUAAAAGAAUGGAAGAAAAAACUGUUUCUGGCCACUCAGCAUUGGAACAUGAAUUUAAAGCUAUUUGUUUAGCAGUGGCUGUAGAUUCUAUUCAAAAGGGAGAGAACAAUGAAGACAGCAGUAUUUAUGAAAAUGCAGAGAAAGAAGAAAAGAGAAAUCGUUUCUCAUCAAUAAUUCCUAAAAAGUUGUACCAGCCUUUUCUGGAUAAAGAAACUUCUGACAUGAAAGAGUACAUCAAUGCUGUUUUACUACCAGGUUUUCAUAAGAAAGACCAAAUACUUUUGACACAGUUGCCACUACCAGUUACUGUCCUUGACUUGUACAGAUUAAUCACACAACAUAAUGUUGUCCUUCUUGUUGCAUUUGAACUGGACAAAAAGGUUUCAGAUAAAAGUAUAGGAACUUACCUCCCUUCAAAUUCUAAUGAGCCUCUGAGUUGUCCACCCUUUGAAGUUCAUUCUUUCCUCACCAGUCAAGGUCGUCUCUAUGAGGAGCUUACUCUCACUAUACACACGUCUAGUGGAAAACACAUAGCCCACCAUAUUCAGUGUAAAUUCACUGAUCUAGAUACAGAGAAAUGGUGUCAACUAAUGAAAAAAGUGAAAUCCUACAAUAUACAGGCCAGUGAGAAAGUUCUCUACAUGUGCAGAAAUGGUGCAGAACUGUGUGGUUUAGCUUGCUUACUUUCAUUGCUGAUAGACAGAGUUGACUUUGAUUCACAACUAAAUGUGCCUUUAGUUGUUGGCUCUGUCAAGUCCAUACGACCAGAAGUCUGCCCGACAUUGGACCAGUACAGAACGUUGUAUCGUGUGUUGGAGACAUAUUGUGAACCAUCAACAGUGUAUACAAAUGGUGUCAAAGAAUUGAUAAUGUCACCUCAACAACCAACACAUGCUCCAGCGGAUCUAUCAGAAAGUAUUUAUAACAACACUGAAAAUUUGUAUCUAUACACAAAUAUGUAAAUUUAAUAGCUUAGCUAUUUUAUUUUAGGCUGCUGUCUUCUUUAUCUGUAUUGGAUAUAUUUGUAAACAUCCAUGAAUAGCCAGAUUUGUUUAAAUGUUUAAGCCAUUAUGGUUAAAGCCUAUUGGUGUACAGAAUACAGAACCAUUGAUAAAUUAUGCGUUCUGAAAACCAUUUAAAACCAUGUGCACAUUUUGAGUAUUGUAAAUUAAAAUUAAAUUGUAAAUAAAGAGCAGAUUACUGUACAUAUAAGAAUUUUUUAAUAAGAAUGAAAAUCUCCAGUAUAAAUUCAUUGAUUAUAUUUAUUUAGUGUAUACAUUAUUGGUUGUAUUGGUGCUACAAUGUGAUAGUCUUUUAAUACAUAUAUACACACAUACAUACAUACACACAUACAUACAUUAAAUUAAUCUUAUUCAUUAAGCAGACACCUCCAAUGUUAAUCAUAUUGUAUGUAUAUAUUCAUGUUUUAGUAUAAGUGUAGAUAUAACAUCACUCUGUGUAUUGUGUGUAGUGCAUUUCUUCGGCAAGCAAAGGCUUUUGAGCUACAGUAAUUUCUGGAAUUCCUAAUAACAAUAUGUUUUGCUUACUGUAAACCUAUCCCUAUUUUUGGGGUCAUAGUGAGGUUAACCCUUUUUUUUUGAAGACUUUCUUCAACGUUUAAAAGAUAAGUGAAUAAAUUGUUACGAGAAUGUAAGACAUGAUUGGAUUCAUCUGGCUAAGAGUUGCUGAGUGACUCGUUUUAGUUUUUAAGAUUCAUGCAUUUUCUGUUACCAAUAAAAGACUAUUUCGUUGGGUUUUCUCAGCUACUGUGGUAAGACAUUACUGCAUUAAUUCUAUAACGAUCCUUAGCUGAGUUCCCAGAAAUACUAGGAUUCUCAUUUUCCCUUUUCUCAACUUCCCGUGUCUCAUUAUUACGAAAAGUAAAGAGGAUUCAUGAUUGGUCACUGUGCUAGUCACGUGACACGGGUAAAGAGCUUUGCUAAAAUUCAGUGCCAGUAAAAUUGUAUAAAUUAGUUACAUCUGCCUUGAUGAAAUUGAUUGGAAAAAAAAGUAAUUGCUUUAUGAAAUAAAGUCCAGAUGAACAUU